AUGAAUCAUCAUUUCACUAAGAAGAGUGUAGCAGAGAGCAUGCUGGAUGUAGCGCUGCUGAUGGCUAACGUCUCUCAGCUGAAAGCUGUCCUGGAGCAGGGCCCCAACUUCAAGUACUACCUCACUGUCAUCCUCCUCAUCGCCGUGUCACUCUUCUUCCAAGUGCUCGUGGCGGCUAUCUUUGUCCACAUGGCACGCAAAAACCUGAAUGACGUGGCCAAUCAGAGGAAGCUGGACAUAAUAAACAAUGAGGCAACUGUGCUGGUGUUUCUCACCGUCAUCAUCAACAUCUUCAUCACUGCUUUUGGAGUGCAGAAGACAGGUCUCUAUCCUAAACAGUAA